AUGGCAACUCCGUUACUUCGGCCGCCAUUUGAAAUUCUGGGAUUGCAGCGCCAUUCGUCAUUCGUAAGAGUUCGUCGUUUCCGUUCGACGGGCUUCGCGCGACGUGUUCGGCAUGAUAUUGGAAUCGUACAGACAGAGAUAUAUCUUUGCAAGGGAAUGCAUGUCAUGUACCCGGAGCAGUCUCAGUAUUGCAACAGUCAGCGCACAAGCACGCAGCAAGACAUCAAGCCGGCUCUGUCGCCGGCCCAGCCAGCCAAGAAACGCCGCGUGCUAAGCCCAGCCGCAAUACACGCCAGCCAUCAGGCUAGACCGGACGAUUCGCUUUAUAAGGAAAAGUGGUGGAGUGAAGUCGGCAGUCGGUGGUGCCCUGGUGGCGAGCCGAGCCGCGCGUGCGAUGCUGAGCGGUCUCCCCCCGCACCCGCGCACUGCCACAGAGCCUGUUGCAACGAUAACACUGUGGGAGAUAGCAGAAGCCGGCGAGAGGCGGUGGCGGUGGCGGGUAGCGGAACGGGUCGCCACAAGGGCGGCACGACGACGGCGCACAGCAAGCAGCUCGCGGCGGCCGGGGCCAACCACCCGGCCCAGCCGCAAGGUAACAAACGCUCCGGCUGCGGUGGCGAUGGCGACUACCAGCUGGUGCAGCACGAGGUGCUCUACUCCUCGUCCAAUAGGUACGAGGUGUUGGAGUUCCUCGGGCGGGGUACGUUCGGCCAGGUGGUGAAGUGUUGGAAGAAGGGCACCAACGAGAUAGUCGCCAUUAAGAUCCUAAAAAACCAUCCCAGCUAUGCUCGCCAGGGACAGAUUGAGGUGUCUAUCUUGUCCCGCCUCUCUCAGGAGUCGGCGGACGAGUUCAACUUCGUCCGCGCCUACGAGUGCUUCCAGCACCGCUCGCACACGUGCCUCGUGUUCGAGAUGCUGGAGCAGAACUUGUACGACUUCCUCAAGCAGAACAAGUUCUCGCCUCUGCCCUUGAAGUACAUCAGGCCGAUAUUGCAGCAGGUGCUCACGGCGCUCCUCAAGCUUAAGCAAUUGGGUCUCAUCCACGCGGAUUUGAAGCCGGAGAACAUAAUGCUGGUGGAGCCCGCGCGGCAACCAUAUCGCGUGAAGGUCAUCGACUUUGGCAGCGCGUCGCAUGUCAGCAAGGCGGUCUGCAACACAUACUUGCAGAGUCGAUACUACAGAGCACCAGAAAUCAUCCUCGGUCUGGCGUUCUGCGAGGCGAUCGACAUGUGGUCCCUCGGUUGCGUUGUGGCCGAGCUGUUCCUGGGUUGGCCUCUGUACCCUGGCUCCUCGGAAUACGACCAGAUAAGAUACAUCUCGCAGACUCAGGGCUUACCGACGGAGCAUAUGCUCAAUAGCGCAUCUAAAACGGCGAAGUUCUUCUAUCGCGACGUGGACAGUACGUACCCGUUCUGGCGGCUGAAGACGCCCGAGGAGCACGAGCUCGAGACGGGCAUCAAGAGCAAGGAGGCGAGGAAGUACAUCUUCAAUUGUCUCGACGACAUCGGACAGGUGAGGGGACACAAUGUGAACGUACCAACGGAUCUGGAAGGCGGCCAACUCUUGGCUGAGAAAGCAGAUAGAAGGGAAUUCAUCGACUUACUCAAGAGAAUGCUUACUAUGGAUCAAGAACGACGAAUAACUCCCGGCGAAGCACUGAACCACGCGUUCGUGACUCUCGCGCACCUCGUCGACUACGCGCAUUGCAACAAUGUGAAGGCAUCCGUGCAAAUGAUGGAGGUGUGCCGCCGUUCGGGGAGCGGUGUCGGCGGGGUCGGGUCCGUGGGGGGAGUGGGGGCUGUCGGGGGGGUUGGCGUGGGCGUGGGCGGUGUUGCGGGCGUGGGCGUGGGUGGCGGAGAGUACGUUGGCGGUGUUGUGGCACCCGCGCCCUCAACAGCCCACCAUCUUGCGCUCACUAUCAACCAGCAGCGAUUACGAGCUGCGCCUUAUGACAACCUCUACCAGCUAUAUGGAGCCGGACGAGUGGCUGUGGGAGGACGACAGUACACCACUAGAGCUGAGCCUUUCCCGCACCAGUUUGUCUCCUCGAUACUCUGCCAGCCAGCUUACCAGGUGCAACAGCUGGCUGCUGCGGCUGCUGCAGCUGCUGCCGCCCACCACCAGCAUGGUGUGGGCGGUGUGGGUGGCGUGGGCGAGGUGGAAUGGCGCGCGCCGUUGAUCGUCGAGCCCGCACCAUUGCCUGAACCAGAUGUAUGGGAUCUGCAUCAUCAUCACCAUCCGCAUAAGAGAUCAACAAAGCAGCAAUCGAGCGUGGCACACUACCAGCCACAUCACCAGCCGCAUCAAUACAGUAUGGCGAGCAGUGGCGGUAAAAAAGAGCCGACUCAACUGUCUCCUGUUAAGAAACGAGUGAAGGAGGGUACACCGCCCUCACGAAGGCACCAACAACACGAUACUAACGUCCGAACGAACGGCCCGUGGGAGCCGAACGGCUGCGCAGGCGGCGUUAGCGGCGUGGGGGGUGCAGGCGGUGCACACACGAUCACAAUCCGGGACACGCCCUCACCCGCCGUCUCCGUCAUCACAAUCUCUGACUCGGACGACGACGAGCCCAAGCGGCAGGCGCAAAACCACCAUCGUCCGCACGAGAACAGAGGUAGCGGCGAGUGCGCAGCUGUCGUCCAAGCGACGACGAGCGGUGCGAACCCCAGCGUCCAAGCGAGUGGCAGCAGUAGUAGUAUCCCCACGGGUGGCGUGAUUUGCAGCGCGCGAGACGAGCGGCACGUUAAGCACGAGCCGCAGCAUCACCAACACCAGGCAUGCCAUCAUCAUCACCAUCAUCAGCAGCAACAACAGCAACAACCGAUACAGCAACAACAAGCGCAGCCACAACAACAGCAGCAACAAGCUCAACCGCAGGUGCACCCGCAGCAGCAGCAGCAGCGGCAGACGACAAGUGCGCAAGCAACGCCACAGAGCCAAAAGAAGCGGUUGCUUGCGCUUGCGCAGCAAGAGGCACAGGCCAAGCACGAGCCGCAUCACGAACAACAGCAUUAUAAUAACGGUGGCAAUGUGCGACAAACGAACGACUAUCAGUGCAAUCAGUAUGUGCCGACGCAACACAAGAGGGAUAGCAGCGGAGGCUGUCGUGAGUACAUUCCCGCGAGCGGUGUUGGCGUUGGCGUGGGCACAGUGAGCGCGGUGAACGCAGUAAACGCUGUAAACGCCGUGAGCGGAGUAAACAGCAUGGCGGGCAACAUGAACGUGAACGCGCACAAACACGCGUGGCACCACCAUCCACACACACAUUACAAGAGCGCCAGUGGAGGUGUGCUGUCGCCGACAGGAGGGGUAUCUCCAGGGUAUUUACCCCCACCUUUGUACGUGCCCACGUAUCACUAUCAUACUGGCGGUGUCAGUGGAGUAGGUGGUCCGCCGCCCGCCCAUCACGCUAGUGGCGCGCGUCUUCCUGGCUACCUACAGCCCUACUCUCCAACUUAUCUCGUGCACCAGCAUCCGCAUCAACACCUCUGGUACACGGACUGA